CACGUCUGGCUGCGUCUCUACAAUUAAUAUCGCUAUUUGAUACGCCCUAUUGAACUCAGUUACGGUGAAAGUGGUCAGUGAGGGCUUUCAAUCAAGCCCGUCCUUGCACGUCGCGUCGCGUCCGCCGCGGUACCGGCAUCGACAUCGUCUGAAGCUUCAUUAAGCUUUCUAAGCUUAUCUACAUCAUUAACAUCAAUAAUUAUUUAUUCUUAGACUUCUUUUAAUAUUAAUAUAUGGGACAGUUGACUAAUUUUAAUUCAAUCCUCAUAAAUAACAUUUUUUUUUUUAUUAAAAGGAAUAAAAUUUUUAAAAUAUAAGUGGAAUGUUGUAUUGCAUGAAGCGAAUUGGAGUUGUUAAUAGCGUUGAGUGUAGUGUUCGUUGUGCCCACUAGUGGACAAGUGACUCCGCAUGACAUUUAGUGGCUGCAGCUGUUACGCGACACAACAAACAUGUCGCUGUGUCUAGUCAACGCACGGCAACGUUAUGUGAAGCGCCGGCGCGAGUCGCCGUCAUGCUUGGCGUACCCGGCGGCGCGCGUGCAGCGUCUGCUGCGGACGGCGUACGCGCCGCCCUCGCCGCCAACACCUCCAACACCGCCCACGCCGCCCUCGCCGCCGCCGCUCACCAGGCCCACCAGGCCCACCGUCAUCACAUUGUCCGGGCGCGGUGACGUCAGCAGCUUCUUCAACACACAGAUGGUGCUCGACCUUAACGAAGAGUCACAACUCAUCAAGUCGCCGUCGCCGCCGCCCAGUCAUGACGGGUCGGCGAGCGGUGACGGCGAGAUCAGCGGCGACGAGCGCGGGCCGUCCCCCCCGCGGGCGCCGUCCGCGCCCCUCCCGCACGCCGCGCACCCCGCGCACCCCCCGCACGCCGCGCACGCCGCAUUCACGGCGGGCGGCCCCGGCAGCGCGCUGGCGCAGCUCCAGCACUUGCUGCUGACUCCACACGGCGCGCACUCGCUGCUGCUGCACACGCAGGUGCAGCAAGCUGUCGCUCAAGCGGCGGCGCAGCAGCUACAACAGUUGCAAGCACGAGCUAAUGCAGCAGCAAACUCGUCCAGUGACGGCAGGUCCCCGUCGCCGCGCCGCACGCCGCCGGGCGCGGGCGCGUUCCUGACGCCGCUGACGCCGGGCUCGGGCCGCGCGCGCUCCCCGCACCACGCGCACGCGCACGCGCACCUCCACGCGCACACGCCGCUGCACGCGCACGCGCACAAGCCGCGGGCGCUCGAGCCCGCCGCCGACGACACCGCCGACCUCGAGGAGCUCGAGCACUUCGCCAAGACAUUCAAGCAGCGGCGCAUCAAGCUCGGUUUCACUCAGGGCGACGUCGGCCUAGCGAUGGGCAAGCUGUACGGGAACGACUUCUCGCAGACGACGAUAUCCCGGUUCGAGGCGCUCAACCUGAGCUUCAAAAACAUGUGCAAGCUGAAGCCGCUGCUGCAGAAGUGGCUCGAGGACGCGGACUCGUCGCUGUCGGGCGGCGGCGGCGGCGGCGCGGGGGGCGCGGGGCUCGGCGCCGGGCUGGCGGAGGCCGUCGGCCGCCGCCGCAAGAAGCGCACCUCCAUCGAGUCGGGCGUGCGGGUCGCGCUCGAGAAGGCCUUCCUGCACAACCCCAAGCCGACCAGCGAGGAGAUCGCCGCCCUCGCGGACGCGCUCUGCAUGGAGAAGGAGGUCGUGCGCGUCUGGUUCUGCAACCGUCGCCAGAAGGAAAAGCGCAUCAACCCGCCUGCGGGCGAAGGCGCGGGCGGCGCGGGCGGGCUGCUGCCGCUGGCGCCGCACGCGCACUCUCACGGGCACGCGCUGCACGCCGCUUCUUUGCAGCCGCUGCAGCCGCUGCAGGCGCUGCAACCGCUGCAGCCGCUGCAGUCGCUGCAGCCGCUGGCGCUGCUGGCGCGCGCGCCGCCUCGCGACUGACGAGCGCGCGCGCCGCCGCCCCCCUCACAUAUCCUGUCGUUGUAAAUAGUCGGCAGUCGCCGCCCGCCGCCCGCCCCCGCAAUAACGACGCCCCGGCGUCGCGUGUACAGACUAGUUGAUUAGAGUGUAUAUAGGUGUAUAUGCGAGGAGGCCGCUCGCCGGCCCCGUGUCUGUAAAUUAGUGAGUAAGUUUAUAUAAUUAUGUGAAUCUUUAUUUAUGUUGGAGGAGGACGGACGGUCGCGCGCCCCCGCCCCCGCCCGCGCCCCGCGCCCCGCGGCCGCCCCCAUAUCAGGGGGCGCGCGACGAGCAUGUGACGUGAAUGUGUAGAACACUAUCUAUAUGUUACAAUAAAACAUGAUAGACAGACAGAUAGUUUUAUUUCAGUUUCCACCUGAACUCGAUA